AUGUCGUCAUCAACGAAAGUUCCAGACCGAUACAUGAUCCAUGUUACAUUGUGGUUUGCUCCAGAAAACGUGCCUAUCGCUCUGGAAGCAUGCAGAAAGCUCUUCGCCGAGGCGUGGAAGGAUCCCCGGCUAGACUUCUGUCAAAUUGUUCGGGACGCCAAUGACCCGGGCGUGAUUCGUAUUCAGGAGGAGUGGAAUGCUUCGAGGCAGUAUCUGGACGAGGUACGUGUGGAGAGUUCCUGGCCCUCGCUGGUGAGGACAGAAAGAGACCCGGAGAAUGGCAUGCAAGCUAUGAUGUGGUAUCUCCCCAGUCCGAGUGACAACCUGUGA